UCCUUGGCAAGCAAUUGGCAUCUUGAACACGCUGGGCAACUUCCACAUGUGACUCAUUGCCGGACUACUUUUCUCCCUUGGAAUCGGAUAUCAUGAUGAAGCUAUGACCUAAUCUGCUAUUUGUACUGAGACGUUCUCUUUUCAUCUACCAUUUCCUAUCAAAUUCAUCCACGAUGCGCGCUGUUGUAUACGAAAGUCCAUUCCGCGUCACAGUGCAGGACGUUCCAAAGCCCACCAUCGAGCAUGCCGAUGAUGUCAUCGUCAAAGUGACUACUAGUUGCAUCUGCGGAAGUGAUCUGCAUAUGUACGAAGGACGUACCGGAGCGCAGGCUGGUAUAGUCUUCGGCCAUGAGAACAUGGGCAUCGUCGAGGAAACUGGAAGCGGGGUCGCCCUCUUGAAGAAAGGUGACCGAGUGGUCAUGCCAUUUAACGUUGCUUGUGGGCGUUGCCUCAACUGCGAAGAGGGUCGUUCGGCUUUCUGCACCCACGUUAAUCCAGGUUUCGCGGGCGGGGCCUAUGGUUAUGUUGCAAUGGGACCAUAUCAAGGCGGGCAAGCCGAAUAUGUCCGGGUUCCCUUCGCCGACUUCAAUGCACUCAAAUUACCACCUGGUACCGAGCACGAAGGGGACUUUGCACUCCUGGCUGAUAUCUUUCCGACGGGAUGGCAUGGUGUUGAAAUCUCGGGCUUCCGUCCGGGAGAGUCGGUUGCCGUCUUUGGCGCUGGACCAGUCGGUCUGAUGGCAGCCUACUCUGCUUUGAUUCGCGGUGCCGCUGAGAUAUAUGUCGUUGAUCGUGUUCCGGAACGCCUGGCCAAGGCAAAAGAAAUUGGUUGCAUCCCGAUCAACUUUACUGAAAGUGACCCUGCCGAUCAAAUUAUCAAGCUGAGAGGAGGGAAGGAAGUUGACCGCGGAGUGGACGCUGUCGGCUAUCAAGCUACGUCUAGCGAUGGAAAGACCGAGCAACCCAAUGCUGUGCUCGAGGCACUCAUCAAGGUUGUCCGACCUACCGGAGGAUUAGGUAUUCCUGGGUUAUAUGUACCAACAGAUCCUGGUGCGCCUGACUCUGCUGCUGCCAAGGGAUACAUAUCUUUCCCAUUUGGCAAGCUCUUUGAGAAAGGCCUGACCGUUCGAACUGGGCAAUGUAACGUCAAGUCCUACAAUCGCUACCUUCGUGACUUGAUCAUCGCUGGUCGAGCGAAGCCUUCCUUCGUCGUAUCGCAUAACUUGCCGCUUGAAGAUGCUACAUCGGCAUACGAGAAAUUCGACAAGCGAAUUGACGGGUACACGAAGGUCUUAUUGCACCCCUGUGCUUAGAUAAAUCAUCAUGAAUGUUUAACCUGUACCACUUGUACCCGUGUAUGUAAUAACGUCUUUACGUUGAAUGUAAGAAAGAUAAAGGUAUAUGUUCGAAAAAUGGGGAGACCAGUGAUAAAAA